AUGAAAAAUAAUAGAAAAAUAAAUAUAAAUUGUCAUCAUGCUGAUGAGGAUGGUAAAGAUUCAAAAGUAAUUAAAUACAAUUUCAAAAUUAAAAGAGAUGAAAAUAAUAAAUCAAUUUCAUUUAGAGUUUGUGAUAUUGAACAAAAUAAAUGGGAAUUAAAAUAUGAAUUUAAUGUUGAUGAUUUUUUAAAAAAUGAAUUAUUAAAAACAAAUGAACCUUUAAAUUCAAUUAAAAAUAAUCAUUCAAUUUAUUAUCAAGAAAGAAUGGAAGCAAGUGCAAUAAUUAAAAAUGAAAUUGGUGAAGAAUCUAAAAAAUACAAAGUAUUACAAACAAGUAUUAUCAAUGGCGAUGAUGAUGGUUCAAAAUUAGAAUCAUUUAAUUUAAAUAGUUUUGUAUACUCUGCUUGGGAAAGUUAUAAUAAUCACAAUCAUUUGGUAUUACGUCCAGAUAAUAUCUGGAUGGCAAUAUUAACUCAAUUAUCGUUCUACAUAAAUAAAAACUCUGAAGAAUUACGUGAAAAAUUUGUAGAUUUUACUGGUAAAAAGGAAUUAAUAGUUGAGACUGAAUAUAGAAUAUUAGAAGCACCUUUUGAAAAAUUAACAAUUGAAAUGUCAAAUCAAAUUCAAUCAAAUAUUAAAGAUCCAUCAAUUAAAGAUUUAAUUAUACCAGAUUUUACAACUACAACAGAAUCUGAUAAAGUUGUAUUUUCAAUUGCAUUAAUGUCAACAAUGAAGAAAUAUUUCGAUUAUAGAUAUGGAUGUAAAUGUGGACUUUCAGAAGUAACAUUAUUAGGUGAAAUUAAUGAUUGGAUAAAUUUAAAAGAAAGAGUUGAAAAAUUAAUUCAAUUCGAUAAUAAAGAUGGUGUAAUUAAAAAAUGGUUAAAUAAAUAUUUAUUAGCAGUGAUUGAUAAAUUCAUUGAUUCUGCAAAAGGAAAUCCUGAUACAACUUGGUGGAAUCAAAUAGUUGAUUAUAAACAACGAUCUGGUGGAUCAGUUUUAACAGGUUGGUUAGCUACUUUUUGUGUAUUCGAUAAUGAUGGUAAAUACAAUGAUAAAAAAUUUUUAUUUUUUGAUGAAGAAGAGGAUUUUCCAUGGCCAAGAGUUAAUGGUGAUUCAAUUCCAAAUGGAUAUGUAUCAUGUCCUAUAAAAUUAAAAGAUAUUGAUCAAGAAUACAAUAGUACAAUUUAUUCAGGUCAUUUUGGUUCAAAACUUUUAGAUAAUAAUUCAAAAUUAAUACCAUCAUUAGAUUGGUUUAUUAUUGCUAAACUUUUAUAA